GUGCUGAUCGCUGCUGUGCUGCAAGGCAGGCAGGAGCAGCAGCUGCAGAGAGAGAGAGAGAGAGAGAGAGAGAGACCAGGGACUGCUGCUGACUACAACGGACUCAUGUUGGGGAAAGUCAGAAAACGCAACGCUCUCACCCACCCUAUGAUUUAAUGUCCACAUAUUUCCACUCGUGACCUUUUUUUUUUUUGUUGUUGUUGUUGUUGUUUUCUUUCCACCGCCUGCGUUGAGGAUAUAUAUAUAUAUAUAUAUAUAUAUUUCUCUCUCUCUCGACCUGAAAUGACUGCUGCUAGUCGCCGUGUCUAGCCAAUGGUUACUGCAGGGGGCUCCCGUCUUCUUGUGGAUUAUCCGUCGUCGCCGAGCCGGCUGUACGGUCGAGCCCGGAGGAGGCCCCGCUUCUUCGCUGCUGGAUGGAUGUGUGUGAGGCAGCAGCCGGACUCCGACUACUUUCGAAGACGGUGGUGAAGAUGAUGCUCGGGUUUCAUCGGCAGCGGGUGAACUGAUCUUGGAUGUUCAGGGCUAUAUCGCCCCCCUCCUCCCCUCCUCCUCCCCUCCUCCUCCUCCUCCUCCUCUUCUUCUUCCCGACACACACACACACACAAAACCAUUUCCUCACACAGCAAAACAGAUAUAUUCCUUAAAAGCUGGACGCCCCUGGAGCAGUUUAUGACGACCCUGGUAGGAGCGUGAUGAGCGCGCGCUUCCGCUUGCCUGCUGGCAGAUCCUACAAUGUCCGGGCGACAGAGCUGGAGCGAGACAGGCAGCACACACAGGUUGUGUGCAACGUACUGCUGCUGGACAACACUGUCCAGGCGUUCAAAGUCAGCAAAUCGGAUCAUGGCCAGGUGUUGCUGGAUGCUGUCUUUAAGCACCUGGAGCUGACUGAGAGAGACUACUUUGGCCUGCACUUGGCUGAUGACUCCUUAGAUACGGCAGUCAGUAUGAUGUUUCUGAUCUACAGAAAACGCUGGCUCGAUCCCAACAAGCCCAUCAGGAAACAGUUAAAAAGAGGGUCUCCCCAUAACUUGAGCUUCAGAGUCAAAUUCUUUGUGACAGACCCCAAUAAACUUCAGGAAGAAUACACGCGGUACCAAUAUUUCCUCCAGAUCAAGCAGGAUAUAUUAACUGGAAGAUUGCCCUGUCCACACAACACAGCCGCACUGCUGGCAUCCUAUGCUGUUCAAUCUGAGCUGGGGGACUACAAUGAAACGGAGCAUACAGCAGGAUAUCUGUCGGAAUACUGCUUCGUCUCCAAUCCCCCACAAGACUUCCACAAAGAGGUCUCCAAACAUCACCAGCAGCACAGUGGUCUAUCUCCUGCCCAGUCAGAGUUUAAUUAUCUGAACACAGCACGCACGCUGGAGCUCUACGGGGUAGAGCUGCACUAUGCAAGGGACCAGAGCAACACAGAGAUUCUUAUUGGGGUGAUGUCUGCCGGCAUUGUUGUUUACAAGAACAGGGUACGGAUCAACUAUUUCCCAUGGUUGAAAAUAGUGAAAAUCUCCUUCAAGUGCAAACAGUUCUUCGUCCAGCUGAGAAGAGAGGCGACUGAGACCCGGGAGACGCUGCUGGGUUUCAACAUGGUGAACUAUCGGGCCUGUAAAAACCUGUGGAAGGCCUGUGUGGAGCACCACACCUUCUUCAGACUGGAGCGGCCCAUCCCACCACAGAAGAACUUCUUCGCUCACUACUUUACCCUGGGCUCAAAAUUCAGAUACUGCGGGCGGACGGAGGUGCAGUCUGUGCAGUAUGGAAAGGAGAAAGGCAUCAAGGACAGAGUGUUUGCCAGAUCUCCCAGUAAGCCAUUGGCCAGGAAGCUGCUGGGCGGAACCGACUGGGAGUCGGUCAGCAGGAACAGCCUAUCGGAUGAGAGACUGGAGACCCAGAGUUUGCCCACUCGCUCACCUCCUGGGACGCCCAAUCAGAACUCGCUGUUUGUACAAGAGGGCACACGACUACGACCGUCAUCCGUUGGUCACCUAGUGGAUCACGUGAUCCACGCUUCGCCGAGUCUGCCUGUCUUCUCCUCCAAUCACAAGUCGGCAUCGUCCACGCAGGCCAACAGCAUCAGCUUGGACUCCACACCGUCUCCAGAGGGGCUAGACAGUCAACCUCCAGCUCUGCCCCCCAAGCAGCUGAGCAGAAAGACCUUGAGCCAGAUCAUCCAGGCCCACUCCCAGCAGAGCCUCCUGGAUAACCACCUCAACGAGAUGUAUGAUGUUCCUGUCAAUGCUGACAAGACCACGCUAAAUGGAGUUGUCCCUCAUGAUAAUUUGGUCCUAAUCAAGAUGAGACCUGAUGAACACGGACGUUUCGGCUUCAAUGUCAAGGGUGGAGCUGACCAGAAGAUGCCCAUCAUUGUGUCUCGAGUGGCUCCAGGAACAUCAGCUGACCUGUGUGUGCCUCGCCUUAACGAGGGGGACCAGGUGGUCUUAAUUAAUGGACGUGACAUUUCUGACCACACCCAUGAUCAGGUUGUCAUGUUCAUCAAGGCCAGCUGUGAGAGCCACUCUGGCGAGCUCAUCCUAUUGGUCAGACCGAAUGCCAUCUACGACGUGGUGGAGGAGAAGGCGGACUCGGAGCCAGAUUUUCAGUACAUCCCUGAGAAGUCCCCUCAGGACCCCGCCCAGCUAGACCAGCAUGCUUUGAGGGACUCCAUGGUCACACUGAAGGAAGGCCUGUGCAGUGGAGCCAUACUGGCACAGUUUGAUCAACUGUACAGGAAGAGGCCGGGGAUGACCAUGCUGUGUGCCAAAUUACCUCAGAACGUUUCCAAAAAUCGCUACAGAGACAUCUCUCCUUAUGAUGCCACGCGGGUCAUUCUGAAAAGCACAGAUGACUACAUCAAUGCAAAUUACAUCAAUAUGGAGAUUCCAGCCUCCAGUCUGAUCAACCGCUACAUAGCAUGCCAGGGCCCGCUGCCCAACACCUGCCCCGACUUCUGGCAAAUGACAUGGGAGCAGGGCUCAUCUAUGGUGGUCAUGCUGACUACACAAGUCGAAAGGGGGCGGGUCAAGUGUCACCAGUACUGGCCCAAUCCAGACAGCAGCGCCACCUACGGAGACUUUACAGUAACGUGCCACAAUGAAGAGGGCAACUCUGCCUUCCUGGUCCGGGAGAUGACUCUAGUGCACACACCGAGUGAGCAGCAGAGAGAGCUUACCCAGAUCCAGUACCUAGCUUGGCCGGACCACGGCGUCCCUGAUGACUCCACUGAUUUCCUGGACUUUGUGGCUCUGGUACGGACCAAACGGGCCGGACAGGACCAGCCGAUGGUGGUACACUGCAGUGCGGGGAUUGGUCGGACAGGGGUUCUGAUCACCAUGGAGACAGCAUUGUGUCUAAUGGAGUGCGGCCAGCCAGUGUAUCCUCUAGAUAUCGUCAGGACCAUGAGAGACCAGAGGGCCAUGAUGAUCCAAACACCUAGCCAGUACCGCUUUGUAUGUGAGGCCAUCCUGAGAGUCUAUGAGGAGGGCCUGGUCAAACCACUCAAGACCGCUGUCUACCAUCCGAGGGAAAAGGUGGACGAGGAGAGGGACGACGAGAAGAAAGAGCAGCAGAAAGCAGGCGAAGGAGAAGAGACGGCAGCGACGGAGGAAGGGGAGGCGGCAGUGGUGGAGUUGCUGGAAGGAGGUCUGGAUGAAGAGGACGACGACGACGAAGAGGUGGAAGUGCUGGAUGUGGGAGAAGUGACGGAAGAGGGGGAGGACGAGGAGGACGAAGAGGAGGAGGAAGCGGAGGAGCCGAGCGUCGCAAGCGCCACCAGCGUGACCAGUGAGACCAGCGUGAACCCUGAACCUGAAUCCGCUAACCCGUGACUUUUGACGGGUCAUCAGGGGUCACCAGGAGGAGGCCAGGUGGCCGGAGAACAGAACAAAAGCACUGUUGCACUUUAUGCUGACAAAAACCGGAAAAAAGACAAAACAAACGAACAAACGUGAAAAUCAUGGACAAGCUAGAAUAAAAAAAGAAACCCAGCUGUGUUGAAUAGGUACCAUUAGGGGAUAUUGUAUGUUCAGGGGAAAGAAAAAAAGUAUUCAAAGAAUGAAAAGAUGAAAGUACGAGAGAAUAAAAUGUGGAUGGGGAAUUGCUGUAGUGCCAUAAGUAUGAAGGGGAAGGGCUGCCCCCCUUGAUGGAAAGCUUUUUCCCCCCGUUUUAUUUCCCCCAAAGGGUCGCCCUGUCCCCUUCUGAGCGAGUCUGCCAGACGGACCUGCCUUUUUUUAGUGUCCUUUUAGCUGAUAAAGAGAUAUACCUUAUCUUUUGUUCCUCAGAAAGAGUAUUUAUUGUGUUUUAGUUUGUGUCAAACCCUGUCCACUGAACAAAAAAAAAAAACUUGUAUGUUUGUUUGUAUGAAUCUAGAGCUUCAUGCUUUCCUGAUUAAAUCUUAGGUAGUUAAGUAGUGCGAUUCCUCUUCUUCUAACUACUUCUUAAUUUCUUCUGCUUUUUGUGGAAAAAAAACAGUGAUUUAAUUUAUUGUACUUGGUUUUUAUCUUUCUCAGCUUUCUUGUCUAAGUUUCUGACAGCACAGACUGACAGAUGGACAGCUGAAAGCGCUUUGUGUCUCACCUCUUGUUCAAUGCUGUGGCAAGUUUUUAUUCUUUAUCCUGCUUUGUGCUGUGUUUGUGAGCUUACAGACACACACGCUCUGAGGCGGCCAUCGUUUGGCAUGGUGAAGAACAUAACUGGUUUACAAUCCUCAGGGCCUGUGUUUACUGGGCACCUCUCUUUCACUUGGUCACGGCGGCUACUGUUGCUCUACGACUACAGACCUCUCACUGUCAGAUGUAAUGAGAAAACAGAUUAACGUCACAUCGCAUUAUUAAUUCAACACCAGAAAAUUUAAGAGUGUCGUAAAGAGGGGCCCCAGUUGACACACGGCCUCUCUGAGUUACAAUCUAAAACCGUUUCCCAGCCGCCGUGGCUGAUAAAAAGCUAAGAAACAAGGCUGAGGUUAGUUCAUUUUUUUUCUUCAAAUUCAUAUGCAGUCAAUUUAAUAGUUAAGUCAAACCUACAGGUCACUUGCAACUGACGAAGUGGGCAGCAAGGGUCCCUGCUGAAGUGUCCUUGAGCCAGACACUGACAAUAAAGCCCCGCUGCAUGUGAAGCUCAGAGGCUUCCCUCCGAUUGGUUUCCCCCAGAGAGAGGAGAACUUUGUGCAACCCAAACGUGUCUUGCUCGUCUUUGACACAAGUCAAAUAGUGGUCAAAGGUAGGUCAUUAAAGUGGUUGAAAACUGCUAGACUUUUUAUGCAAUCAGUAUUUGCCCCCUCCCUCACCCACCCAAGGUUUCACACGCUAUAAAGUGCUUGCUGAAUUGACAGUGAACUGAUCUCAGCCUCAGUGUGAAUGGUAAAAACAUGACUUUAAAGGCUCCCUCCACUGACCUCCUCACAUUUGAAUUCUGUAAACAUGAGAAAACCCAGAUCUUUUGCACACAUUUGCAUUUGAGACUUAUUAUCAUUUGUCGCUGUGUGUGAGCAACCGCAUGGCCCAGCAUUAAACUCAGUAAGACUAAUUGUCAUAAAUUUCCUCACUAAAUCCUUUUUUUUAAUAUAUAUAUAUAUAUAUAAAAGGGGGUUCAGAGGUCAUUGGAGGGGCUUUAAACCAACCUUUGCUGUUCAGUUUUUUUUCUAAAUCUGCCUGAUUGUCUGCCAGAGAACACUUUGAUAGUUCAAAGAGGCAGCACAAACAGAACAUUCACCCAAUACUUUAACCUUUUCUUUUUAAUUGAUCUUGAUCUUUCCCAAUGGUACUAUUUUAAUUUUAAGGCACAUGUUGUUUUUUAAGCCAAGAUGAUGUGUUAAUGAGUGAUAAGUGACGACUUGUAUUUUUGAAUUCACAAAACCCAGCAUCAAGUUGCUUGUUGAGUCCUUUUUUUUUUUUUUUUUGUCUCAGUGCAGGUUAAGCUGCCAUUGUUCUUUACAAAGCAGCGUGGAAUGAAGUGUAGCCUCUUCAUAAUUUGAGAUAUUUUUCUUAUCGGCUGCUUCAGUACCUGCUGUCAUUGGCUCCUUCCAUGGAUUCUGCUGGAAAAAAACCUACUGCUGUGAGUGUGUGAGAGUGUGCGCGUGUGUGUGUGUGUACUCAGAUUUCAGUCUUUAUCUCUCACUGUACCUCUCCCUCCUCCAUUUCUAACAUAGUUGGUUAGCUGUCUGGUCUAAGCCUGCUUGUCCGUUAACUGGAAUGAAAAGGUUGUGCCCGUAAAAAGCCACAAACCUAAUCUAACCCCCGAUCUCAAGUUUUUUUCUGAAGAAACGCAGAUAGAGCCUCCUUGGAGAGUAAACUUUUAGUCUGAAUCUUUCCCUGUGAAACAUUUCAAACCAUGCUUAUACCUCCCUUUCAAACAGCUGAAUCAUACUUUUUUUUUUUUUUACACAUGGGGAGGUGGCUCAAGAAGAGUCUAGAAACAGCUUUUCCUCUUCACUAUUUUUUUUAUUUUUUUAUUUCUCCUGUAGUGCGGCCCUCUCCCAAAAAUCUGCCUAAAUCCUUCUCUCAGGCAACAUCAGUCAUUUCAGCAGAGCCCACGCAACAUUCACUAUCCAUUCUUCUCAUUGUUCUUCCCCAGAUGCCUCUCUUUUGGAUCAUUAUACAUGGAUCCCACUCUCUCUGCAUGGCCUCAAGGCAAAUGACACAUCUGAGCAGAAUACCAUGGGUACAGUAGCGCAGUAUCAAGCUUGUUUUCCACACAGGGACAAAGUGAAGCUAGCCAGCGAAUAGCUGACCGAAUAACUGGUUUCAGAUUUUUAUUGAUUUUUUAUUGACAGUUGCACAUUCAUUGCAGACGCUGCAUGUAUGAGCUUAUAAUCAAAAGAACAAAGACACCAUUCAGCCCCCACUGGCUUCUUAUAUCAUCAGUUUUUUUUUUUUUUUUUUGUAUCCAGCAGCAGGGCCGACCAAAUGAAAUUACCACCAAAUCAAAAUUAAUUAACGCUGAAGCCCUCCUGAUAAAGUGGCAUCAAUGACAAGUUCACAAAGCCUUGGCAAUUUCCAACAGGAAGAUUAAAAAACAAAACAAAAAAACAUCGGCCAUGCAGUGAAAAGUUAAUAAUUGAUAAAUCCAGGCCGCCAGAGUUUCCAACUGCACAAAAUGUCCAGCAAUGAGCUGUCUGUGUUGAAAGUGUUUUUGUUGUUGACACAUAAUUGGUACUGUCUGUGCGUUUAGGGUACUGAUCAAAGGUAGUUUGGAGGGGACCAGACACAGGGGGAGGGCCCGGGUUUAGUUGUAUUUUUGUAAAGAUGAAAACAGCUCUAGUUGGGUAGGGAAAGGACAGCACUUUGUAGAAGGCUGAGUGGCAGGUAGUGCUACUGACAAAAAAAAGUUUUAAAAAAAGUUGGAGACAUAAAGCAUUGUUAAAAUAAGUUCUUUUUUUUUUUUUAAUUUGUCAUUUUUAUUUUGUUUGAAAAUAAGACCAGUAGGGAACAAGAAAAAAAGAAAAGAACUCCUAACUACACAGUGCCACUUGUUAAUUUUGUGUAAAUAAUACUAGACCAUGUAAAUACAAUGUUGUAUAUGAAAAAAAAUCUUUAAAAUAAAAGGGAAAAUCAUUUGUGAGCAGAAACAUUUUGUUUUUAUUUUGGUUUUUUUUGUUUAUUUUCUCCUUUUUGAAUGAUUCAAAUGUGACACAAAUGGUGUGUAUUUCAAGACUGCUAUUUCAAAAAAAAUUUGUUUUAUUUGAAUCGUAAUCUAUAACAGCGAGUGUAUAUAUAAUGAAACACAAAAUAAUGAGAAAUGUUUUACCGUAUUAUACCCUUGGUUAACUCCUACCUGUGUUAUAAAAACCUUUGUCCUCA